AUGGUCAUAAGUGUGGACAUCCUUAAUUGCACUGUCCGGAAAACACUAAUUGAUCAAGGGAGCUUGGCUGACAUCCUGUACUGGAAUACGUUCAAGCAGCUGGGCAUACCAGAAGAAGAACUCAGAGAAUAUCAAGAACUCCUGGUCGGUUUCUCCGGGGAACAAGUAGAGACCCGGGGAUGUAUCAACCUUUACACCUCAUUUGGGUCAGACAUGAGAGAAAGCGUAUCAAGACCAUCCCUUAACAAGUUGAAGGCCAUUGUGUCUACUCCUCAAUUCGCUAUGAAAUUUUCGUCAGAAAGGGGCCGAAUUGUUACAAUCCAUACUGACCAAAAGACAGCGAGGGAAUGCUAUUUUGCAAGCCUAUGCCUCAAACCAAUUCAAGACUGUAGACGAGAUGUCAAUAUUGUAUCCCCUCGGUUUGGGAAGGCCUUGGAGAUUGAGCUAGAUCCUAGGGUUGAUGAGGGGUGUCGAGUUGAACCCAACGAAAAUAAGCAACCUUUCCAGCUUAGACCUAAGCCUGAACAGAAGGGGGCCAAACCAAUAGCACAAAAGAAGAGGAAGAUCGAUGGCGACAGAGCGAAGGCAGUGAAGGAGGAAACUGGUAAGUUGCUGCAGGCCGGCUUUAUCCGAGAGGUCAGAUAUUCCACUUGGCUGGCCAAUGUGGUCAUGGUUAAAAAAGCAAAUGGUAAAUGGCGAAUGUGCACAUACUUCACGGACCUCAACAAGGCAUGCCCAAAGGACGCAUAUCCUCUACCAAAUAUUGAUACCCUGGUGGACGGUGCAGCCAGUCACAGGAUACUCAGUUUUUUGGAUGCUUACUUUGGGUACAAUCAGAUCUGA